UCACCCAUUAUGAAUGUAAACAAAUCUAAAAAAGUGUGACAAGCACACAGAAGAAGAAAUCGAAUCAAUUAGAUACAUGGCAGCUCCUGGUUCCUCCCCUUUUCAUAUCCCAUCCUCGCCUCACUCUGACUCUGGAGCAAGUUUAGAUCGAAUAUUGGGGGUCGAUUCUGAGUGUGGUGAUGAUGAUUCAGUGCAACUCUCCGAUUCCAUUGAAACGUUUCUUGAUGCUAGUGAGAUUGAAGUCAAGUUUGCUCCCUCCGAACACAUUCCGGGCACUUCAUCGCCAAUCCAUUCUUCUAACAAAGACCAUUCAUUCAAUGAUAGCCAGGUUGAAAUUGAACUUGCCCUGACCGACCAUGUUCUGGGCACUUCAUCUCCGGUCCAUUCUUCUGAAGCGUCUUGGCCAGACAUCUUAGACGCAUUAAAAGUUCAAACCGUCCACUUUCAGACUCAUUUCCCCCCUAUGGUCUGUCCUUGGACCUUCAUGAGCCACGAGGAACGUUACCAAAGAGUGGUGGGACAAAUUGAAGGGCUCUUGCUCUCUCAAAUUCAAAAUGGAAUGGUCCAAGGAGAUGCACCUUUAGGUUUCACUUACCCCGAUUACUCGGAUUGGUCCCAAGUGCAAUAUCACCCUGGAUAUGGCUUGCGACCUAAUUUAAGUGCGUCCCGAAUGAUAACGACACGUUUGGAGAACCGUGGAUCGGCUACCAAGUAUUCCUUGAUAGUGCUAACCUUGUGGUCCAUCUUGGAACUCUUUGACCAAGACAGUUUCGUCACCAAGCGGGAGCUCUACUACCAACAUAUCAACCACUAUCGGUCUCAGGUCGCCGUGGAUGAGUGCGUUAAGGUGAUAGCCUGCAUGCUUCGAAUUCCUCGCCUUCAUCUAAGGAUCUUAAGCACUUCCAAAGGGCUUUUCAUGGGCAAUAUUGUCUUUCACAACGCUCAAGGGAUCCAAGUGAUUGGAUCUCAUGCCACGCCAAUUCCACAAGACAUAACUGGUAUUUCACAACUCGCCUCCGAUGCCAAAUUCAUACUAGUCGUCGAAAAAGAUGCAGUGUUCCAACGAUUAGCUGAUGACAAUUUUGCCGUGAUUUAUCAACCCUGUCUCGUGAUCACAGGCAAAGGGGUACCAGAUUUGAAUACCCGGCAGUUUUUGUACCAUCUUUGGACUCAUUUGAAAAUCCCAGUAUUGGCCCUGAUGGAUGGGGAUCCCUUUGGCUUAGAGAUCCUGUGCACUUAUCGAUUCGGUUCGUUACCUAUGACGUGGAGCCAAGAACUUUUGCCAGUUCCGAUCAUGAAGUGGAUUGGCAUAUUUCCGUCAGACAUACAUCAGUUUUCCCGUGAGCAUCUGAAACCUUUGUCGAAAGUGGACUGUGCCAAAAUAAGAUCUCUUCUACAAAGACCCUACGUAGAAGCUCAUCCGGAAUUAAAGCAAGAAAUCCUUAUCAUGAAAGACCAUGGAUGGAAAGCCGAAAUCGAAGCUGUCGACUCUGUAGGGGAUUUCGUGAUAAGGCAAAUUUUAUCUCAGCAUUGGCGCUAAGUCUAUGAAUACACACCAUAAUGCAA